CUUCCUGUUUUAACUUCCUGUGCGUCCUCUCAUCAGUACCUCCCUCUUGUUUGAGGGUUCAUUUCAUCAAUCCCAGACCUCAGUGUCACGUGUGGUCCAUUACAUGCCAUAAACCGUUUACCACGUGGUUAAAUGAAUUGUAACAAAUUAGUUGCAAAAUGACAAACAACAAAUUACUAACAUUGGUGUUUGUUUUUAAUGGUGGAAAAAUUUUGUUGGGAAUGAAGAAGCGAGGAUUUGGAGCUGGAAGAUGGAAUGGAUUUGGUGGCAAAGUAGAUAGCACAGAAACAAUUGAGGCAGGAGCAAAAAGAGAGUUAAAAGAAGAAUGCAAUCUAACCACAAGAGACCUAAAACAUGUUGGAAUAUUAAAGUUUGAGUUUGUUAAUGAGCCACAAAUCAUGGAAGUUCAUAUUUUACACCAAGGUUUACGAAGGGAAGUGCAAGAAUCAGAAGAAAUGAGACCUAAGUGGUUUAACAUGGAUGAAAUUCCUUUCAAUGAAAUGUGGCCCGAUGACAAAUUGUGGUUUCCAUUGAUGCUAAGCAACAACAUGUUCAAAGGUUAUUUUAAGUUUGAAGGUCAUGACAAGAUACUACACUACACUCUUACUGACCAAAUCAUGGACUGAUUUUAUGUGUAAUUUAUAUUGUAUAGCCACAAUACUUAAAGCAAAUGCAUACUCUAAAGUGCAAGCUUUGGAUAGAGUCAUUUACUUCAUGACAGCAAAUUUUAAAAGUAAAUAGUUCCUAUGGAAAUGUUUGAUAAAUAACUAUUGAAAACAAGCCUUCACACAUCCCA